AAGCUGUCAUGGUUUGUGCCACUUUCCCGUUGCAACCUCCUUAGUGUCAUGUGUGGCUGUAGGUAACAGGAUAUUAUAGGAAUGUGUUGCUGAAGGCACCCUUUUCAGGAAAGCCACCAGGAGAAUUCCCCAUUCCUUCCUCUGGCUAUUUUGAGCUUUACCCACACUGCACUGUUCAGCCCUUUAUGUAACCACCUCCUGGCCCUGCUUGCUCUCACCUGGCAGAACUGGCCAGCCUUUCAAAUACUCUGCCUCAGAGUACCCCUGUUAACAUGCACACACAGCGGUUUGCAAUGGAUGGCCCCCUCAAUCCCACCUGGAAAACACACCUCCAAGGUAAUUUGGUUAAAUAUGAGUUUUAUGUCAAAUGGAUUCAACAAAGAUUAAUGCUUGUAAAAACAAAAUACUGCAUGGUUGUAGAGUGGCAAAAACAGCCAAGAAGGGCUUAGCACUUACUGUAGGGAGUCUGAAAGGUGCCUGUUAUUACUCUUGAUGUUUAGUUUUUGUGAUUCAGCUCUUCAACUUGCUCUAAGACUGGGGGAAGGGAGGGGCAAAGAAACUUGACCUUGACCUCAAGAGUAUACAGCUUGACCCCAGUGCUACUGGAGGAAUCAUGAAACUUCUUUUCUUGUUCCCAUAAUACCUUCCUUAUAUUUAAAGAAAGUUUUAACAGCCAAGUCACCUGACCCCACAGCAGAAGGGGGCUUAGCCUAGUAAGUGCCACACAUCAUUCUUAUUCUUUUGAGGGAAAAAAAUACCUCCUGGUAGGCAGCCAGCAAGCAAAGUCAAGUGGAAUUUGCCUUCACUUGAUUAUAAUCAGCUUUGUCCCUUUGUUGAUGUCACCUCAGCUAUAUGCAGUUGCCAUCUUCUCAUCCCGACACUUUCUGUCACAAAGCUCAGCAGAGAAAAUAAACUGAGGCCAAAACAUAGAAGUGUUUUGGCAAGAUUUGGCUGGUCAUGUGAAGUGUUUUUCCUUUUUUCUGUGGGUAGGAGAUGAAGUCAGAAGUGUAUGUUGUUUUGUAUGUAGGGAUCACUAUUUUUGGUUCUUAGCCUGCACGUAAUCUGCUCAGACAGAGCAACGCCAGGCAUCCGGGCUGGCAUGAGCUGUCUGUGGAGCUCAUCGCUGAUGUUGAGUAUAACUUGAGUUUUGGAAGUGUGGAUGCUCAAAUCCUGUGGUAAUUUAAAGCUCAACAUCUCAUGUUCAUCUAUGUCAACUUCUGUUUAGGCCUGGCAGAUUUGUGAUAAAAGCUUUUCAUAAAAUCAGAUCCCAGCAUAUGUAACUGUGGCUAUGCCGGGGUUCUUUGUCGAGCGAGGGAGAUCCAGGGCUGUCCUGACUGUGGCCGAAGUGCCCCUGAGUUGGAGAGAGCAUGUAUUGCAGACGGCAAUCUCUGCAUGUUCCCAGCGGCCAGGGACAGUGCAAGUAGGGGGAAUCUCAGUACAUUUAAAGGUUGUCAGAGCCCAUUCUGAAAAACACCAGCUGAACCACGUGCAUUUGGUGCUGCUGGGAAGGUUUGCCCAGGAUGUCAUCCCUCGGCUAUACAUAGCAAACUCAAAGCUCCUUACAGAGAAACCUCUUACCAGUCACUUUCCACAAAUGGUGCAUAUAUCUAAAGGUACUUAGGGAAAAUCCUUGAGAGGUAUUUAAUGCAAAAGCAGUUGGUCUCUCUGGUGUUUUUCAGAAGACCUCAGCACACCACUGGCAGCAGAAGUGCAGGGCAGCUCCGGUACAGCACUUGGGCCAGUUACUCAUUUUGUGUGAAAUCAGGCUCUGCCACCCCAAGAGCUUGCCAAGAUGUGUGACAUGGGGGGACUCGACAACCUGAUUGCCAACACGGCCUACCUCCAGGCGAGGAAGAGUGGAGAGGCAGACACCAAGGAGAUGCAAAAGAGACGUAAAAGCCUUUCACUGCCCAAACUUGACCAGUGCAAAGAACAGAGAGAGUCCAUUGUUGCUGAUUAUGAAAGCAUCUGUGAGCAGCAGCCCAUUGGCAAGAAAUUCUUCAGAGAUUUCUUAGAGACAGUGCCAGAAUAUUUGGUAGCUAGGGACUUCCUGGAUGAGGUAUCAAACUGGGAGCUGGCAGAGGACAGCAUCAAGAACAGUACCAUGGAAAAUAUGGUCACCAAUUUUCUUAAGGAAGGCUCCAAAAACUAUCUGUCUUUCAUGAGCUCUGACUUGGUCAGCAAAUGCCAGGCAGCUACUGCAAAAGACUAUGAGAAUGUCAUGCAGCUGGCCAAGGAGGAAACCAAAGUCUUCCUUAAAGACAAGCCCUUCCAGGAUUUCCAGACCAGCCCCUUCUAUGACAAAUUCAUCCAAUGGAAAGUUUUUGAGAAGCAACCGGUAACUGAUAAAUACUUCUAUGAGUUCCGAGUGCUGGGCAAAGGUGGCUUUGGAGAGGUUUGUGCCAUCCAGGUGAAAAAUACUGGCAAGAUGUAUGCCUGCAAGAAACUGGAUAAAAAAAGGUUGAAAAAGAAAAGUGGAGAGAAGAUGGCACUGCUGGAGAAAGAGAUCCUGGAGAAGGUCAACAGCCCUUUCAUAGUCACACUGGCUUAUGCCUAUGAGAGCAAAACCCACCUGUGUCUUGUUAUGAGCCUCAUGAAUGGAGGGGAUCUGAAGUAUCACAUCUACAACGUGGGAGAACGGGGUUUGGAAAUGAAGAGGAUCAUCUAUUACUCAGCUCAGAUCACCUGUGGGAUUCUGCAUCUCCAUUCCAUCAACAUUGUGUACCGGGAUAUGAAACCAGAGAAUGUCCUCCUGGAUGAUAAUGGGAAUUGCAGACUGUCUGAUCUUGGAUUGGCAGUGCAAGUCAAAGAGGGAAAACCCAUCACUCAGAGGGCUGGGACAAAUGGUUAUAUGGCUCCGGAAAUCCUGAAGGAAGAAGACUACAGCUAUCCUGUGGACUGGUUUGCUAUGGGCUGCUCUAUUUAUGAGAUGGUUGCUGGACGAACACCAUUCAAGGAUUUCAAAGAAAAGGUUAAUAAGGAUGAGGUUAGAAGAAGAACUCUGGAAGAUGAGGUGAAAUUUGAACAUGCCAGCUUUACAGAGGAAGCGAAAGAUAUUUGCCGACUGUUUUUGGCUAAGAAAAAAGAGGACCGUUUAGGAAGCAGAAAUGCGGACGAUGACCCAAGAAAACAUAAUUUCUUCAAAACGAUAAAUUUCCACAGGCUAGAGGCAAACCUUAUUGACCCUCCAUUUGUGCCAGAUCCAUCAGUUGUCUAUGCCAAAGAUAUUGGAGACAUUGCUGACUUCUCUGAAGUACGAGGAAUUGAGUUUGAUGACAAAGAUAAGAAGUUCUUCAAAAGGUUUGCGACAGGUGCUGUCCCUAUACCCUGGCAGGAGGAGAUCAUUGAAACGGGACUGUUUGACGAACUGAACGAUCCCAACAGAGUCGAGUCCGGAGGUUACGCCAACGGAGGCGAAGCUAAGUCAGGAGUUUGUUUGUUGUUGUAAAUAUCGUAUCGUCAUCAAAGAGUAGAAACCACCUCCGAACUUUCCGUGUUCUGACACUGUGUCAGAAACUCAGUGCACCUGUUUGAGAAGAACCAACCAGUGUAAUGGGACAUUGGCAGGCUAUGUAGGACCACCAGCUGUAUAGACUGUAUUAUUUGCCUUUGUUCUAACAAAGGAGAUAAUAUUUUUGUGUUAUUGGAGAUGUAUCAAAUGAAGAACCGUAUUUCUCCAAGAAACUUAGAAUAGAAAUUCUGGAAUACAAAAAAGCAGUGAUAGAGUGAAGAGGUAACAGCUUUUGAAAAUGACUGAUUACCAUUUUGAAUACAAUGAUUUGUUGGUUUUCUUUCUUUUUUCUUGUUAUUUCUACUAACAUUUCCUUGUUCUGCAGUUUUCAGGAAGGAUUUUUUUAAUUUUCGAGUAAUAUUCUCAGUUAGACAGUGGAGCUCACGUACCAUGUCAAACUUGGAAUCUUAUUGGUUAGCCAGUCUGUCUGUUGUUUUCUUAAGUUCUGUUAGUUUUUGGAUGGUUUGAUUGUAAUAUGUUCAAGUUGUCAUAAAAUAUAAAGAAAGCUCUACAUAUCAUUAGAAAAUAAGAACGACACGAUCAGACUAUUUUCAAAGUUGAUUUUAAUGAAGUGAAGAUAAGAUUGCACCAAAUCUAAUGGAAUAAAGCAUUUAUUUAUUAUUA